AUGUCCGAGGACUUUCGAUUGUCGCAGUUCUGGUACAACGAGUUUGUCUUUUACGACUACAAUGCGUCGCUGGACGUGGAGGAAAGGUUGCACGGGUUUUUCAACUACGUCCUGGUCGAGCCACCGUACUUGGAGUGCAUGAAAGGGUUUGGUCAGACCAUGAACUUGAUUUCGCGGGAGGUCAAGACCACACCUGACGGCAAACAAGUCAUGCUGACGCCCAACGCGUUUAUCAAUUGUUAG